AUGAGCACUGACUCCGUCUUCCUGUCCGAGACGGACUCGGACCACCACGCCGAGCUGGCCGACAUGGUGGCGGCCAUGAACGUGGCCGUCAACCGUGUGACGCCGCCCAACGGCUACCGGCCGGGGGCCCCGAGGCCCGCGGGGGCCCAGAGGGGGGGCCUGUCAGACCGGAAGAUGUCCCUGCAGGAGCGGGGCAGCCGCAUGGCCCGGCAGCCCACCAUCGAGACCAAGCGGGUGUCCAUCACCGACGCUGACGACUGCGUGCAGCUGAACCAGUACAAGCUGAAGAAGGAGAUCGGAAAGGGCUCCUACGGAGUGGUGAAGUUGGCCUAUGACGAAGACUCGGAGCAGUACUACGCCAUGAAAGUCGUUUCAAAGAAGAAGCUGAUGAGGCAGUGUGGAUUUCUACGCCGAAUCCCUUCUCCAGGCUCAAACUCCCGGCAGCAGCAGCAGGACCCCUUCCCGAAAGCCGUGCUGCCUCUGGAGAGAGUCUACAAGGAGAUCGCCAUCCUGAAGAAGCUGGAUCAUCACAAUGUGGUCAAGCUGGUGGAGGUGCUGGACGACCCCGACGAGGACGGCCUCCACAUGGCCUUCGAGCUGAUGACCAAGGGGCCUGUGAUGGAGGUUCCCACUGACCAGCCUCUGACCGAGGAGAGGGCUCGCUUUUACUUCAGGGACGUCGUCCUGGGAAUCGAGUACUUGCACUACCACAAGAUCAUCCACAGGGACAUCAAACCCUCCAACCUGCUGCUGGGCGACGACGGCCACGUCAAGAUCGCAGACUUCGGCGUGAGCAAGGAGUUCGAGGGGACGGACGCGCUGCUGUCGUGCACGGCGGGGACGCCGGCCUUCAUGGCGCCGGAGACCAUGACGGAACACGAGCAGAGCUUCAGCGGAAAAGCGUUAGACGUGUGGGCGAUGGGAGUAACGCUCUACUGUUUCGUCUUUGGGACGUGCCCUUUUUACGAUGAAUACAUCGUUUCCCUUCACAAUAAGAUCAAGAACAAAGCUGUGGAGUUUCCAGAGACGCCGUCCGUCAGUAACGAGCUGAAGGAGCUCAUUCAGAGGAUGCUGGACAAAACCCCCGAACGGCGAAUCACCAUCCCCCAGAUCAAGCUCCAUCCGUGGGUGACGGAGGACGGCUCCAACCCUCUGCCUCUGGAGGAGGAGCACUGCACGGCGCUGGAGGUCACUGAGGAGGAGGUGCAGAACAGCGUCAAGCUCAUCCCCAGCCUGUCGGCCGUGAUCCUGGUGAAGUCCAUGCUGAGGAAGCGCUCGUUCAGUAAUCCCUUCGAGUGUCAGGGCCGCCGGGCCGAGAGGUCCAUGUCUGCCCCCGGAGGUCUUCUUACAGACUCUUGGGGCUUGCUGGCUUCGCCGCUGCUGCUUCAUCCUUCCUUGAGGAAAAUCAGCCGAGAGGGGAGCAGAGAAGGAGAGCUGGAGGACUUAUAUGAGGACGAGCCACUGCCAGAGAGUGCAGAUUGA